AAAAAAUAGUCAAAUCAACUCGUGCCAAGUCAAUUUCAACUGACUGACUCCAUACUCUAUAACAAACACUCAUAUGUAUAGACAUCCUUAGUAAUUAUUUACAAAUUCUGUUCUCUUUGCAGUCAUAAAAGCAACACUCCUCAUUCAACGAUGGUAUCGUCGUUAUAUGGCACGAAUUGAGAUGAAACGUCGCUAUACAUGGACAAUAUUCCAAAAUAUCGAAUAUUCAGCCGAGCAAGAUCAAGUGAAGCUGUUCAAUUUUUUCAACGACUUAUUAACGCACAUGCCAGAAGCGGCAAAGAAAAUAAAGGACGACGAUCAAUUAUCAACAUCGUCAGCAGAGUCACUGGAUGAUGAAUUUUUAGACGAGUCUGAUGAUUCAUUGGAUGAAGGUGUAGAUGAUCCAAAGGUUUACAAAGGACCUCAUCUAAACCUUCCGUUGGAGAAGCCAGAUUUAGAUAUUUUAAUCAAUUUAUUUAGAAAACGCAAAUAUAAUCUGCAUGCACGCUAUGUAGCUUUGAUUCUACGAGAAGCAGCAAAGAAAUUGCGUCGUUUAGAUAAUAUAAAUCGAGCAUCGACUGAAAUUAAGGGAUCAAAAACAGUUACUGUUGUUGGUGACUUACACGGAAAACUUGAUGAUCUUUUGGUUAUUCUAUAUAAGAAUGGCCUUCCUUCGCACACAAACUGUUAUGUGUUCAAUGGAGAUUUUGUGGAUCGAGGAAAGAAAAGCUUAGAAGUUCUACUAAUUCUUUUGUCAUGUUUCCUCAUCUUUCCGGGAUGCGUAAUGUUGAAUCGUGGAAAUCAUGAGGACUCAGUCAUGAAUCAUCGCUAUGGAUUUACACGUGAAGUUCAUCAAAAAUACCGUCAUAAUGCUGAUCGCCUGUUGAAAUUAAUAGACCAAGUUUAUAGACAUUUGCCGCUUGGAACGCUCAUUAAUAAUAAAAUUUUCGUUGUUCACGGUGGGAUAUCCGAAAAUACAGAUUUAAAUCUUAUUGCUAGCGUGAGAAGGAGCAAGUAUAUAUCGAUUCUCCGUCCACCUACACAACCUGCUGAUGAUGAUGUUGACUUUAAGACAGAAUGGAAGCAAAUUAUUGACAUUUUAUGGUCAGAUCCAGUUAUGUCUGAUACAGUAUGUCCAAAUAAGAGAGGAGCUGGCGAAUGCUUUGGACCGGAAACAACAAAUAAAUUUUUAUCGCGUCACAAUCUGUCAACACUAGUUAGAUCACACGAAUGCAAAUCUGAUGGCUAUGAAAUUGUUCAUAAUGGAAAUGUGAUAACAGUUUUUUCUGCUUCAAAUUACUACGAAAUUGGAAGCAACAAAGGCGCUUAUAUUAAAUUUGGUGCUAAUUCCGACCGCUAUUUUGUGCAAUUUACUGCUGCCGCAUCAAAAACCAGAAAGUUAACAUUCAGGCAACAAGUAGAUAAUGUAGAAAAGUCUGCCAUUCGUGAACUGAAAGAAAAAUUGCGAGAACAAGAGACUCAACUGCAAAACGAAUUCAAAGAACGAGACACAGAAAAUACAGGCCGAAUAUCGUUGAGUCAAUGGUCUGAAGCAAUGGAAUCAGUUACAAACUUCAAGCUACCAUGGCGUCUCUUGCGUGAAAAGUUAGCAGUUGUAACCGAAAACAACGAAAUAAUAUACGAAAAAACGCUACAAAUGAUUGAAAAUGAUGAUAUAAAAAUUGGUGCCAAUGAUACUGAUAAAAUAACCGACACGAUGUACACAAAUCGUGAAAACUUAGAAGCCAUUUUUAGAAUGAUGGACCUGGAUUCAAAUGGAUUAAUAAGCAUUGAUGAAUUUCAGCAAGCUUGUGAACUACUGUCAGGUUAUCUUCCGAACUGUAAUAUUGAUCAAAUGCUAGAGAACUGUAGAUUGAUGGACAUAAAUAAGGAUUCAUUAGUAGACUUGAAUGAGUUCCUUGAAGCAUUUCGAUUGUGUCAACAAUCAGUAAAUCAUUCAACUGUGACAACUGUGAUCAGAAGCAGCAAAUUAAUAGAUGUAAAGGAUGAGAAGGAUUUAAUUAAUAACGUUAAUAAUGAUGAUGAUGACGAGGAAGAAGAAGAUUUAGCAACAAAGCUAGAAUGUCAUAUUGAUGAGUAUGAGAUAAGUGAAAUGAAAGAAACAACAAUUAAUGGUGGAAAAUUGAGAAAGUCAACCUCAAUUCGAUCAAUUGUGUCGGUUGAAUCAUUGGGUCAAACUGGCAAAAAUGAAACACAUAAUCAAAAUGACAAAAAAAAUGAUAUCCAAUUACAAAAUGAUGGCAAAAUUGAAAUUGCAGAUGUUAUUAGUCAAAUCGAUACUACAAAGUAAGUCCAAAAUAGCAUACCAAAAUAAAUAAUAUGAAAUAAGGGAGAAAAUACCUUUGUGUGUUUUUUGUGGAAUUAACAAUAUUCUACUAGAAAAACGUGUUGCACAUUGCAUUUGUUUGACAUUAUUACCAAGCUAGAGAAUUAACCUGCUGAAAAGUUUGAGAAUCGCUGAAUAAAAUCAUUGUAAAUGUUGUAAAACAUUGUAGCACAUGGCAUAAAUAUUUACCAAAUUUUAUACAAAGGAAUUUUCCCCCUGAAAAACUCUUUAAUGGAAAAAUUUAACGCUUUGAUGAAAAGACUUGAAACUCAAUCGAAACAAAAAAAAUAAAAAAAUAAAGAAAUAUGAGAAAAAAUUAAGUAAAAUACAUUAAAAGAUAUA